AUGUCUGAGCUUCAACUCGAUUCAAAGACUUACAACCACCACCCUACGCAUGCCGUAGACGAAUUCGAGUCGCCGAGUUCCAACCCGGUCGAACACAAGCGCCACGGUAUAUUCUCUCCUUCUGAGUGGCUUUUAGAGAUGCUUAGUACCAUUGGAAAACUUGUGUGCCUCGCCGCCAUCAUCGCCAUCUUCUGGAACAUGGACAACAAGCCGCUCUCGGCUUGGAACAGCAUCGUCUCUCUCAACGCAGCCAUAUCGAUUCUAACAACCGCCCACGGAGCGGCUCUAAUGCACGGCGUUGGCAAUUUCAUUGGCCAAAUCAAGUGGCUUCACUUCAAGGAGGGAGUCGAUAGGCUCGAGAACCUGCAAAAGUUUGACGAAGCAAGUCGCGGGCCCUGGGGAUCCUUCAUGUUUCUUGCCACGGUCAAGCCCAACCUGGCUACUCUCGGUGCCUUGAUUACAAUAGCUCGAUUCGCUUUGUCGCCACUGACCCAGCAAGUGGUCAAGAUUGAGCAACAAUUGGUCCCAAAGGGCGACGCUGUCUUCGGAUAUGCGCACGAAUAUAAUCGUGGGCUUAUACUGGCGAACAAUGUUCCAGACAGCAUCCCACAGGAUCCCGGACUACAAGUGGCCGUCUUACGAGGACUGUAUAACAUUAGCAGUCCAGAGGUGUUCAGCUGCUCGGGGGAAUGUAGGUGGGAAGGGCGGUACGUAAGCUUAGGGUUCAAGACUGAAUGCACGAAUGUCACACAAGCAACACUUGAUACUUCCCAAUGCGCCAAGGCCUACGAUAAUCCAAGUCUUACCCUCUGCAACAUGACGACGCCCAGCGGCUUGGGCAUCUCGACUCGAUACGUGGAAACUGAUCUUACAACUACCUAUUGCAUGAAUGUUUCCUCAAGAUGGGAGUCAGAUGACGAAUUGCGGACCAGACUUCCUGAAAUUGCACGUUUCGCCUUGUAUAGGUCUACUAGCGAUGGCAACUUCAACGCUUGGGACGUCAAUAUUACGGAUUGCUCUCUGUCACUCGCAGCUUAUGAGUACACCAAUGCCCGAGCGAACGGCAGCGCAUUCUCAUUUGAGCAAACCCGAGAGCCUCGAACCUAA